UGGAAAUCAGAAAAAUAUCUCAUGUAUUCCUUUUCUCUUGUUUCUUCCUACAGGUAAUAUUUGCCAUAAAUGGUCACUUCAAACUAUUCUUCAGUGAUUGAGUUUAUCCUUGAAGGGUUAAUACAAUGCCCAGUGCUUCAAUUACCACUCUUUCUCCUGUUUCUUGGUAUAUAUGUGGUCACAGUGGUGGGGAAUCUUGGCAUGAUCCUCUUAAUAACUAUCAGUUCUCAACUUCACUCUCCAAUGUAUUAUUUUCUCAGUCAUUUGUCCUUCAUUGAUCUCUGCUACUCCUCUGUCAUUACCCCUAAGAUGCUGGUCAACUUUGUGUCAGAGAGGAACAUCAUCUCCUUUCUGGAGUGCAUGACACAACUUUACUUCUUUCUGAUUUUUGUCAUUGCAGAAGGCUACCUUCUGACAGCCAUGGCAUAUGACUGUUAUGUUGCUAUCUGUAGCCCUCUGAUUUAUAAUCUUGUCAUGUCCCACAGGGUCUGUUUCAUAAUGAUGGCUGUGGUAUACUCACUGGGUUUCUUUGGGGCCAUAGUCCAUACCACCUGCAUGUCAGUGUUGUCCUUCUGUGAGUCUCAUAUUGUCAGCCAUUAUUUUUGUGAUAUUGUGCCCUUGUUGAGUCUGUCUUGCUCUAACACUCACAUCAGUGAGGUGUUGCUGUUUAUUAUUGAAGGAGUUAACACUUUAGCACCCACACUCGCUGUUCUCAUCUCUUACGCGUUCAUCCUCUCUAGUAUUCUCCGUAAUCGUUCCACUGAAGGACGGUCCAAAGCCUUUGGUACUUGUAGCUCUCAUCUUAUGGCUGUGGGCAUCUUUUUUGGGUCUAUAACAUUCAUGUAUUUCAAGCCACCUUCCAGCACUGCUAUGGAACAAGAGAAAGUGUCCUCUGUGUUCUACACCACAGUGAUCCCCAUGCUGAAUCCUCUGAUCUACAGCCUGAGGAACAAGGAUGUAAAAAAUGCACUGAAAAAGGUGACUGGGGGAAGGCGGUCAUCCUAACAAAGUAAG